AUGGCAGUCGAGACUCAGCAUCAAGGAACAUUCCGGACCGUCGAGCUCUCUACCUUCGGUCUUUGUCAAGAGAGCCAGCGCGACAUUGGACCCCUCGAUACCAUCUGUGUCGGAUGGAACAUCUGCAAUAGCUGGGCUGGAGUGGCAGCGACACUGGCUCUGACAAUCGCUCAAGGUGGUUCAGUGACGCUCAUUUAUGGCGUCGUCGUCUGUUUCAUCAUGGUUGGGUGCAGCGGCUUGACUAUGGGAGAGCUUGCUUCGGUCUUCCCGACCGCUGGAGGACAGUAUCAUUGGACAUCUAUAUUAGCGCCCUCGAAAGCGAGCCGUUUCCUGAGCUACGCAUGUGGUAUCACCAAUGCUUAUGCCUGGAUUGCCACCACGGCUGGAAUCGCCAUAAUUAUCCCACAAGUGAUCUUGGCUAUCGUCAUCCAUUAUCAACCUGGCUACGUCGCUCAAACGUGGCAUUAUUUUCUUCUUUAUCAGGCUGUAAACUUUCUGGCUUGCAUGCACAACAUAUUCUCAUUGAAAAAGACCAUGUGGGUCAAUGACGUGUCAUUUGUUAUCACAUUAACGGGGUUCGUCACGAUAAUUGUUACUUGCCUCGCACGAGCACCCUCCAAACAGAGCAGCGAGUUCGUUUGGACGACCUUAGUGAACGAAAGCGGCUGGCCCGCAGGUGUAAGCUUCUUGACGGGCCUGGUGUCACCUAACUACAUGUAUGCAGGGAUUGACGGCGCGAUACAUCUUGCCGAAGAAUGCAAGCAGGCCGAGAAAGUUGUGCCCAGGGCUCUCGUCAGCACUUUGACAAUUGGUUUUAUCACAAGCUUCAUGUUCGCGGUCUCAAUGACAUAUUGCAUUACAGAUUUCAGUGCCGUACUUAGCACACCUACAGGAUUUCCUAUCUACGAGAUCUGGCUCCAAGCGACCCGAUCUAGUGCUGCAGCCACAAUCUUCAUGAGCAUUCUCCUCACAGCAGCUACAGUGGCCCUCAUCGCUGUUCAACAGACUGCUUCACGCCUGACCUGGUCCCUCGCACGAGAUAAAGCUUUGGUAUGGCACAGAUUCAUCGGUCAUGUCCAUCCUUCUCUCCAGGUUCCAGUGUGGGCGCUCCUGGCUAACAAUGCCAUUGUGCUUAUGAUCGGCUUCAUUUUCCUUGGAUCUUCGACUGCUUUCAAUGCCUUUAUCGGCACGGGCCUCAUCCUGCAACAAGCAACGUAUGCCGUUCCGGCCGCACUGUUGAUGUAUCGAAGGCGGUCUUCCAUGUACCUGCCUGUUAACAGGCCAUUCAAGCUAUUCAGCCCUCUUGCCUGGGUAGCAAACUUCUGUACUGUCGCCUUCGCCAUCGUGGUCUUGAUUUUCUACGACUUUCCAGUUGUCGUCCCCGUGAGCGGUUCAAACAUGAACUAUACAUCUGCGGUGAUUGGGGUCAUGGCGUUGUUUGCUGCACUGAACUGGCUUUUCUAUGCUGGGAAGUCAUACCACGGUCCAAGAUUGGAUUAA